UAUGAUGUUUCAAAAUGCUCAGAGUCUUCCAAAUCACCAAAAGCUGGAAUAAUAGCCAUUGCGGUCACAUCAUAAGCCUCAAACCUUGCCUCCCCACAUUGAACGAACCCAGAAUUGAUUGGUGUUCAUGAAAUCAAAUUCCUUCUGGCAACAAGAAAAACGAAUCAUAAGCACCACCCACCUCAUCCUUUUUUUAACAAAUGAAAAAUCAUUAUGCUCCACAUAACAUCUCGUUGCGGCAUUUUAUUGAACACAAGAUGCACGCACAUUCUUCAUUUCCACUACAAAUUGCCUUCAAAUUAACAAUACUUUGCAGUGAGUUUCAAAAUUGGGGGAGAGGUGAUCGUAUUCAACAUAAACCAGACGGUGGAGGAGGUCUGUGAAGUUGGGUGAUUGGGUUUGAAUUUGUGGCGGGGCAGUGGUGGUACGAGUUUAGCUCCGGAGAGUCACUAAGCUUUUGAUACGGCGGCUAGGAACCGUCGUUUGUGGCUGCAACUUGAGCCCAUUGUUGUGUUGACUAAGUUUGCCAUUGUGCCGAGGUAGAGAAGCUUCGAUGUCGAGCAUGACUUGCUGUGGGGUUUUCUAUCGGCGCGACGAAGGUGGUGGUUUUCUACGGGAACAAGCGGUGGCUGUCCGAUCUCGGUGCCUUUUUGUCGUCAUCGGCGAGGGUAAAAUGUACGUGGCGGCAAAAAUGAGUGCGAAAGAGAAGAGACAGAGAGAGACUCCGAGGGUGGUAGCGGAGCAGGGGUAGCGGGUGAUUGUAGAUGAUGAUGAUGUACAAUAGCAGGAAAGAAGAGGAAUGAGAACUAUCACGAAAAAGAAACAAAGAAACACGGAUUAAAAUCUACCUACACUGUCACCGUGUUUUCACUCUAACAUCUUUAGAAAUAGCGAAUAGGGAAGAAAGCAACAAACAAGGCUCACAAAUUCACAGUGAAAUAUGUUGGACUGACCGAAGAGGAAUGGAAUGUGAAGGCAAAUUGGCGAGGAGGGUGGUGGGAGUGAGAAAUCAUUGUUACCUUUUGAAAUCCAAAAUCGGAGAGGGUUCAUUCUCCGCCGUGUGGAGAGCGGAGCAGAGACCACCAACCGGCGAUGACGUGGCGGUGAAGCAGGUCUUCCUCUCCAAACUCAACCCUCGCCUCAAGGCAUGUUUGGAUUGCGAGAUCAAUUUCUUGUCCUCUGUUAACCACCCCAAUACUAUUCGCCUUCUUCACUUCUUCCAGUAUGAUGGAUGUGUAUACCUGGUCCUUGAGUUUUGUGCUGGAGGAAAUCUAGCUUCUUAUAUUCAAAAUCAUGGGAGAGUUCACCAACAAAUAGCCAGAAAAUUCAUGCAGCAGCUUGGACUAUAUGUCCCGGUGAAUAUGCCGGGACAGUCUGUGGUUCUCCAUUAUGCAUGGCUCCAGAAGCUCUUAAGUUCCAGAGAUAUGAUGACAAGGCAGAUAUGUGGAGUGUUGGAACCAUUCUUUUUGAGCUUCUAA